GGGACCUUCCCGUCGUCGUUGCCUUUUCUGCGGUUCUCUUCUCCGGAGCGCUUCCGCAAAUCGUCUGAUCCUUGUGCUCCGGUCGGGGAUUAGGGUUUUGCGGAAGCAGGAGAGGGACUCCUUCUCCAUGCUCUAGGGUUUCUUCGAGGCUGGAAGGGACAGGAAAGGGGAUUAUGAAGGUGGGAGUGGAUCUCUUCGAUCCUGGUGCCCUGAUGGAGUCCGAGCCGGCCGGCGAUCGGUCCGGCGACAUGGACUUCGCGUUCGCGUUCAAUGACCCGAACUUCUCCGAUCGAGUUCUCAGGCUGGAGAUCGUCGGUGGCACCUCGGAGAACAACGUGGAUGACGAGACCUGCCUCAGCAUCUCGGAAUGGGCGAGGAAUCGGAAACGCCGGCGGGAUGAGAUCAAGCGCGAGAAAGAAUUAGCCAUACAACUUGACUAUUCAGCUUCAACCAAUCAUCCAGAUUUUGACGAUGGAUUGGGAUUGGAAAAUCAAGAUGAAGAAGCUGUGGCAAUGAUGGACGAAUCCCCUCAAGGAGGUGAGGAUGGUUUGCUUAAGUACUCAUCAUGGAGCAAUAGCAUGGAUUGUUCAUUGGUGAUGAGAGUAAGAGAAAUGCAUAUAAGUUCUGCAGUUUUAGCUCGGAAGAGUCCUUUUUUUUACAAACUUUUCUCAAAUGGUAUGAAAGAGUCGGAACAGCGAGAUGUGACGCUUCGAAUUAGUGCAUCAGAGGAAGAUGCUGUUAUGGGUCUUCUAAACCAUAUGUACAGUGAGAAGAUAGCAACCACAUCUCCUCCUGCACUACUAGAUAUCCUCAUGGCCGCAGACAAGUUUGAGGUUGCUUCUUGCAUGCGCUAUUGCAGUACAGUGCUGCGGAACCUCCCCAUGACUCCAGAAUCUGCCCUUCUAUUUCUUGAACUUCCUUCCACUGUAUUGAUGGCAGAUGCAGUCCAACCUUUGACGGAUGCUGCUAAGCAAUUCCUUGCCAAACGGUUCAAGGACCUAUCGAAGCACCAGGAAGAAAUCAUGAAUUUGCCGUUGUCUGGCAUAGAGGCGAUACUGUCAAGUGACGAUCUCCAAGUUGCAUCAGAGGAUGCAGUUUUUGAUUUUGUCCUGAAGUGGGCUCGGGCGCAGUACCCAAACCUUGAAGAGAGACGAGAGGUCCUGGGCUCACGCCUCAGUCGCCUCAUCCGUUUUCCCAACAUGAGCAGCCGUAAGCUGAAGAAAGUCCUCACCUGCAGCGACAUGGACACUGACCUCACCUCCAAGGUCGUCCUGGACGCCCUCUUCUUCAAGGCAGAAACGCCUCACCGGCAGCGUCUGCUGGUCUCUGAGGAGUUUUCCAAUAAGCGUUUCACAGAGCGUGCUUACAAGUACCGUCCUGUUAAGGUCGUCGAGUUUGAUGUCCCUUACCAGCAAUGCGUGGUCUAUCUCGAUCUCAAGCACGAAGAGUGCGAGCUUCUCUUUCCGUCCGGCCGGGUCUACUCUCAGGCAUUUCACUUGGGCGGCCACGGUUUCUUUCUCUCAGCCCAUUGUAACAUGGACCAGCAGAGCUCCUUCCACUGCUUUGGCCUCUUUCUCGGCAUGCAGGAAAAGGGCAUCGUCAGUGUUGCAGUUGAUUAUGAGUUUGCUGCACGAUCAAAGCCAACGUGCGACUUUGGGAGCAAGUACAGGGGGAACUAUACGUUCAAUGGUGGUAAGGCAGUGGGCUACCGGAACUUGUUCGGCAUUCCUUGGAGGUCAUUCAUGGCAGAGGACAGCCCUUACUUCAUCAACGGCACCCUGCACCUGAGGGCCGAGCUGACCGUCCGGCAGCUGCUGCUCCAGUGAUGCUUUUGUGGUGUGUCCGAUUCAAUUGUCUGUUCUUCUUUGUGUAUAGUAUUGCCUGUCCCAUGCUAACAGCGAGUCUGACGUCCCUGGUUGAUCUGGUCUUUGUAGUGGCCUCCACCAUCGGGCCUAACGGGAAAGUGUUCGGGAAAGAAACUUGCCAGAUUUUCUAAUCAAAUUUCUGUUGUGGCAUGUUUUUAGCUUA